GAGAGAGAGAGAGAGGCAAAAAAAAAAAGCAGUUGAGUAUAUAAAGUCUUCUCAUGUGAGACUCGUCCCACUUCACAGGCACAAAAAACAACGCACGCAGGAUCAAGCUCCACCAUGGUGCUCAAAGUAGCAGUGAUCGGGGCGGGCCCCUCCGGUCUGACCAGCAUUAAGGCUUGUCUGGAUGAGGGCCUGGUGCCAACCUGCUUUGAAAGCAGCGAUGACAUGGGAGGGCUGUGGAAGUUCAAGGAAGUGUCAGAGCCCAACAGGGCCAGUAUCUACCGUUCCCUCACCAUCAACAUCUCCAAGGAGAUGAUGUGCUACAGUGAUUUCCCAAUCCCUGCUGAUUAUCCCAACUACAUGCAUCACUCUAAAAUCCUGAAAUACUUCAGGAUGUAUGCAGAACACUUUAAACUGCUGAAACACAUUCGCUACCAGACCUCAGUGAAGAGUGUCAAACAGACAUCCGACUAUUCUCGCACUGGUAAAUGGCAAGUGGUGACAGAGAACAGAGAUGGACAGGAGGAGACUCAUGUCUUUGAUGCAGUAAUCUGCUGCUCUGGUCACUACACCUACCCUAACCUGCCACUCAAAGACUUCCCAGGGAUUGAGACGUUUGAAGGGAAGUACUUUCACAGCUGGGACUACAAGGGGCCUGAAGACAUGCACGGGAAGAGAGUGGUGGUCAUCGGCAUCGGUAACUCAGGAGGUGACAUCGCUGUGGAGAGCAGCAGAGUGGCAGAGCAGGUGUAUAUGAGCACUCGUCGCGGUGCUUGGGUCAUCCGUCAGGUUUCUGACAACGGCUUGCCAGUGGACAUGAAGUACAACACACGCUUUGUCCACAUCUUGUUCCAGCUCUUUCCAAUGAAUUUCUUCAACUGGUUUGGUGAGAAGAAACUUAACGCCAUGUAUGACCACACCAUGUACGCCCUCAAACCCGCACACAGACUCUUCAGUCAGAUCCCAGUGAUCAACGAUGAUCUGCCUUUAAAGAUCCUGUCUGGGUCGGUCAUUAUCAAACCAAAUGUGAGCGAGAUCCGUGGCUCCACUGUGGUGUUUGAUGAUGGCAGCGUUGUGGAGAAGGUGGAUACUAUUGUGUUUGCCACAGGUUACGGAUAUGGUUUUCCAUACUUGCCUGAGAAUGCUAUGUACAAGUCUGGGCACCGUCUGGGUCUGUACAAGCACGUUUUCCCUCCCAACCUGGAACAUCCCACUCUGGCUGUCGUGGGUUUCAUCCACGCCCUCGGAGCCAUCAUGCCCCAGGCUGAGAUGCAAGCCCGCUGGGCCACACGUGUCAUCAAAGGACAUAAGAAACUGCCCUCAAACAAGGCCAUGAUUAAGGCUGUUCAGAACGACACCAAGGACAUGGAGGAACACUACAUUGUGUCAAAGUUGACACCCCUGCAGGUGGACUUUGUUUCCUACAUGGAUGAAAUAGCAGGAGAAGUUGGGGUGCGGCCAAGUCUCCUCUGGCUCUUAUUCACAGACUACCCACUGUUUAAGAAGGUUCUGUGGGGUCCUGUCACAGCGUACCAGUACCGACUGAUGGGACCAGGGAAAUGGGAGGGAGCCCGCAGAGCGAUCUUCACCCAGUUCGACCGCAUGUACCAGCCCCUAAAAACCAGACAGCUGAAGGAAGAAAAGCCUUCCCUUGCUGGCCGCCUGAUUAAGUUCAGCUUGACUGUCAUGGUUGGAGGAGCGUCCAUUUACUACAUCCAUGUGCGGAGCCCAGACACCUUCCCCGCCCUCCUGUCCAAGAUCCGUCCACAAACAGUCUAAACAAGCUCCCAGCAAUGCAACAAUGUGAAAAGAAAGCCUCAAAAAUACACACAAACAUUAGCAUAUCUACUGUCCCUAGAUCCUUUGAGAAAUCUCAGUGAGAAUAAUUAUUGGGUCACUAUCUGAGCCACUUAAUGCUAGACGUGUUACUGUGUCUACAUAAAUAUUAGGUUAAUUUAACCUUUGCCACUCCACUCCACUCCUCUCUACCAUACAGCUAUUUUUUCUCCUUUUUAGGGGGAUCUUUAGGGGGAGAAAGCAGGUCAACAUAUAAAUGGCAUACAUCAUCUGAAAGUUGGGAACUAGAUUAUGUCUUUGUCAAGUUUUUUUAAGUCAUAAAUCCUUAAUGGAUAUUGUGUUUUUAUCAGGUGCUUAUUCAAAUUUAGAAACUAAAAGUAUAUGAUGUCCGUUUCCAAUGCUCAGUUAUGUUUCAUAAGUUGUUGUAGUUGUUGAUACUAUUUUGUUACACAGAUUUUGUGCAAAAUGGAGCCAUCUUGGACCUCACAAAAACUGAUAAAAAUGGACAAACACCCCUGAAAGAUACCAUAUUAAAACUCCAAGACCUUGAGGAACAUCAUAAAGAAACAAAUGUUCUGAUAUAUGGACAUAUUGUGAGUUUUCUGUAGGAAGUAAAUUUGUUUGCUGAUUUGAUGGCAAGCAUUUCUCUUCUGGAGAUUGCUCAAAAGUCCCUUUAUUGUUGGUAUAUCACGAAAAGUCUCUGUUUGUGGUUGCACAGUUUUAUAAGGCUCUGAUUAUGCUAGAUAUUCCUAUCACCAUACGACUUUAAAAAGUGUUCAUGUGGAAACAUAUUUGAGAUUUUCUUGGAAUGUUAAAGGUCCAGCGUGACAAAGCUUAACACACGUAUUUACAUCAUAUGUAACUUUAAGUGGCCAUGAAUGUGGAAUGUGUUUCUUUUGCAAAUAAACAAAUUAGACAACUCA